AUGCCCAAAGUCUUCUCUGUCAACUCAAAAUGGGUUUGGCAUAUCUCAAAAACGGCUCCUUCACGCCGUUAUAUGAGUGGAAACGUUUCGUUUGAGGGAAACAAACUACCCCAGCUGGCUCAUUUACCAAAAGAGCACGCUACUGUCGAAAUAUUCCGUGAGAAAUCAUUUGGUAGCAAGAAGCCUGCCGUGCUUGGAAACGAUCAUGGCUCUCCGACGCCUCUUCUGCCUGCCUCGGAUAAAUGGUUCUCCAAAGAUCUAAGAAACGCCUCGACAACACUUUCAGAAUAUUUUUAUCAAUUUCGCGAUGCCAUGGUCCCAUACGAAAUAUACGCUUCAACUCCUGCACAGAAAGAGAGCCUAGCCUUAUUCCGAGACUAUCUUGAGAGAGAACAAACGCAGGACAAGGUCAUUAUAAGAAGUUGGGACUCGUGCUUUGCAGGUCCUACAGAUGGCCAGGACUUUUUUCAACUGCAUGCCCCUCUCCACCUCUUCAUUAAGGUAUUAAAGUUCAACGAUGUUGUUCGGAAGAAAGGGUUGCAAGGAAUAUCUCUAUAUAUUGCUCAAUGUUCGAUCGCCGAACUGCCUCAAGCCCUGCAGCAGGACAUUCCCACUCCAGAAAUAGUCGUGCAUGCCGGAAAGGGGGAUAUAUAUGGCUCCAGCAUAUGGCUUGGCAUAACACCUACUUAUACACCUUUGCAUCGGGACCCGAAUCCUAACUUGUUCUGCCAGCUGUCCGGCACUAAAGUCAUCAGACUCAUGGCACCAAGAGCAGGAGACUGGUUGUUCAGACAGAUCCAGGCCGAAUUGCAGAGAUCAGGCAAUAGCCGCAUAAGGACAGACGAAAUGAUGCAGGGCGAGGAACGAGACAAGCUACACCAGGCCGUUUGGGAAGCUGGUCCCGAUAGUCCCGUGCCACCUGGGACAUACGAGGUCGUGCUCAAUCCUGGAGAUGCUAUGUUCAUUCCUACCCAUUACUGGCAUUCUGUAAAGAGUGGAGGAGAGAGUGGAGAUUUAAAUGCCUCUGUCAACUGGUGGUUUCGAUGA